GUCUGAACCCAUUCCUGAGAAGAGUCGCCAGCGAUCAGGUCCAACAUCAAGACUUCUAGCUUUCUAACCUUACCUCCUACGGUCUCAAGGAUUUAUGGGAAAUGUAGUCUUGAAUAUUACCCGCCCGCCGCUCAGCUCUCCGGGAAAGGGUCCUCGGAGCUCAUUCUGCGCAUGUGCACAUCGAGCCCCUCCUACUCUCCUCCGCCUCCUGGGACUGAAAAAGAGAUCUCGGCCAUUUGGGGUCGGUGCUGGAGCCAAGGCUGCUAUCCGUAGCUGAACCUUCACAGGUCUUUACAUUUUUCCAGGAGCAGUAGAAAAUGAACAUAGCUCAGGGAUCACUGUCAUUUGAAGAUGUGACUGUGGAGUUCACCCAGGAUGAGUGGCGGUUUGUAGGCCCUGCUCAGAGAAGCCUGUACAGAGCUGUGAUGCUGGAGAACUACAGCCACCUCGUCUCCUUGGGGUGUUGCAUUACCAAACCCCAGGUGAUCUUCAAGCUGGAGCAAGGUGAAGAGCCCUGGUCCUCUGAGGAAGAAUUCCUAAACCAGAGCAUCCCAGGAUAUUACAAAGUUGAUGACCAUAUUGAGGAGAACCAGGAAAAACAAGAGAAACAUUCGUGGCAAGUAAUAUUCAUUGAUAACAAAAUAUUGAGUAAAGAAGAGCAGAAAGUUCUAAAGAAACCAUUUAAUCUUGAUGUAACUCCAGAUUUUUCAGGAAAAAGGCCCUGUAAAUGUGACUCUUGUAGAAUGAAUUUGCCAUUUGUUUCUGAAUUAAUUAUUAGUGAUGGGAACUAUUCAAGAAAGAAGACUGAUUACGUAAAUGUAUGUGAAAAGUUGCAGCUGGAUAUUCAGCAUGAGAAAACUCAUACUGGAGAGCAGUCUUACAAAUGUAAUACAAAUUUGAAAGCUCUCAGUUAUGCAGAAGAUCAUCAUCAAUUUCAAACUCUAGAGCAGUCUUUUGAAUGUCAUGAAUUUGGAAAACUUUUACUUGAUAAGGCUAUCUGUGUUACAGCUAAGAGUUUGCUAACAGAAGAAGAAUCCUGGAAGUAUAAUGAAUUUAGGGAAAACUGUGAUAAAGCAACUCCUUUUAACUGCAUAAGAACUGGCCCAAGGGAGAAAUGCUUUGAUCUUAAUGAAUGUGGUAAAUCCUGUGACAAAACCACUGUUGUGGAAUACAGUGAAGUUCCCAUGGCUCUGACACACUGUGAAUGUAAUGAAAGUGAGAAUAACUUAAGUAGGAAUUCACCUCUCACUCAGCCUCACAGAACUGCUAUGGGACAAGGGGCUUUUGAAAGCAGUAUGUGUGAAGAAAGCUUGAGCCAGAGCUCGGCCCAUAUGGUACAUCAGAAGACACAAACUGGAGAUAAAUUCUGUAUUUAUAAUGGAUUUACAAAUGCCUUCUGCCAGAAAGUAGACCGCACAAUACAUCAGAGAUCUCACACAGAAGAGAAGUUCUACCAUUGUGAUAAAGAUGGGAAAUCCUCCCAUCAAAACUCAGCCCUCAGUGUACAUGAGCAGUGUAACACAGGAGAGAAAUCAUCUGAACUUAAUGAAUGCAGGAAAUCCUUUUACCAGGAAGCACACCUCAUUCAUCAUAAGGGGACCCACCCAGAGGAAAAACUUCAUGAAUGUGAAGAAUAUGGGAAAUCCUUUUGUUCAGAUUCACAUUCUCUUCAUUCUCCUGGAACUCAUACAGGGCUCAGUCUCUAUGAUUGUAAUGACUGUGGGCAAACUUUUGCUGAUAAUUCAACCAUCAGAAGACAUCAGAGAAUUUAUAUGGGGGAGAAACCCUAUGAGUAUAAUGACUGUGAGAAAACCUUUGCCCAUAAUUCAACCUUCAGAGCACAUCAGGAAAUUCAUACUGGAGUGAAACUCUAUGAAUGUAAUGAAUGUGGGAAAACUUUUUCCCAGAAGACACACCUCAGUACACAUGAGAGGACUCACACAGGAGAGAAACCCUAUGAAUGUAAUGACUGUGAGAAAACUUUUGCCCAUAAUUCGGCCCUCAGAGUACAUCAGAGAAUCCACACAGGGGAGAAACCCUAUAAGUGUAACAAGUGUGAGAAAGCUUUUGCCCACAGUUCAGCCCUCAGAGCACAUCAGAGAAUUCACACAGGUGAGAAACCCUAUGAGUGUAAUGACUGUGAGAAAACUUUUGCCCAUAAUUCUACCCUCAGAGCACAUCAGAAAAUUCACACUGGGGUGAAACUCUACAGAUGUAAUGAAUGUGGAAAGACUUUUUCCCAGAAGACACACCUCAGUACACAUCAGAGGAUUCACACAGGUGAGAAACCCUAUGAAUGUAGUGAAUGUGGGAAAACCUUCUCCCAGAAAUCAUACCUCAGUGGACAUGAGAGAAUUCACAAAGGGGAAAAACCUUAUGAAUGUAAUGAAUGUGGAAAAACUUUUGUCUACAAAGCAGCCCUCAUUGUCCAUAAAAGAAUUCACACAGGAGAAAAACCCUAUGAAUGUAGUGAAUGUAGGAAAACUUUCUCCCAGAGGACACACCUCUGUGCACAUCAGAGAACUCACACAGGGGAGAAACCUUAUGCAUGUAAUGAAUGUGAGAAAAGUUUUGCCGAUAAUUCAGCCCUCAGGGCACACCAGAGAAUUCACAAAGGGGAGAAACCCUAUGAAUGUAAUGAAUGUGGGAAAACUUUCUCCAAGACAUCGCACCUCCAAGCACAUCUGAGGACUCGCAAAGGGGAGAAACCCUUCGAAUGUAAGGAAUGUGGGAAAGCCUUCUCCCAGAAGUCCUAUGUGAGCGUGCAUCAGAGAAUUCACACAGGGGAGAAACCCUAUGCAUGUAACAUAUGUGGGAAACCUUUUGCCCAUAAUUCAACCCUCAGAGUACAUCAGAGAAUUCACACAGGUGUAAAAUCCUACAAAUGUAACGAAUGUGGGAAAACUUUCUCUCAGAAGUCACACCUUAGUGCGCACCAGAGAAUUCACACAGGAGAGAAACCCUAUGAGUGUAAUGAAUGUGGGAAAGCUUUUGCCCAGAAUUCAACUCUUGGAGUACACCUGAGGAUUCACACCGGGGAGAGACCCUAUGCAUGUUACGAAUGCGGAAAAACCUUCAUCCGUAAGGCAGCUCUUAGAAUACAUCACACCAGGAUGCACACCAGAGAGAAAACCCUUGCAUGUAAUAAAUUUGGAAAAUUCUAAAGGAAGUUACACUUUUUAGAUAACACAGAACAGAGAAACUCAUGUCACAUGGAGGCAGGUGCAUUUUCCACUAGGCACAUAGCUUGUCUUAGUUUCCCAGUCUUUCUUUCAUCUGAGUGGGGCCUGGUCCCAGAGUAUGAUGCUAUUACAUUUAAGUCUGGCCUUCGUAAGUCAGUUUACAUUCUUCCUGUCCGGUGUUAUACUGGAAUGGAGAGAUUUUCAUUGCAGACUUGGGUGCUAUGUACUUAAUAUGGUAGAGAACAAGGUAAAAGCAGCCAGAGUCAAUAACUGGGUGAAACAAUUCUCCACUAACAGAUCCUUGCCAGUUUUUGUUUUGUUUUAUUUUGUUUUUAAGUGAGAAUUAAGCGUUUACUCUGUUGAGCUCUUACAGAUUUCAGUCUAUUGGUUAAAUGCACAUAGCUUAGCCGGUUGUCUGAUAGAGUUGGAUUAAACCCUAUGAAUAAAUGUCGGAUCUACAAGAAUUUAACCAGUCAUGGUAUAUCAAGGACUCUACUUGGGGAAGGAAACUUCUGUCAAUAUCCUGAAUGAUCAGAAGCCUUUGGUAAAAUCAGAAAUCUCAGGGAAAAACACAGAAGCCUUUUCAGCAGAGUUGGCUUCAUUUAACAUCAAAUAAUUAAGAUUAGAUUAAAAUCUUAUAUUUUGAUAAAUGACAUUUUAAAGCAAAUACCGAGUUUGCUUCAGAUAAAUUUCUUUGUUCCUUCCUGAGGAAACAGAUGAGUUUCAGAAUUGAAGAUAAAAAUUCUCAACUAGAACCGAUGUACCAAAACUGUGUCUUACAUGUAAUACCAACUUUUAUAGAAAAAUAUGUAAGAAUAUAUUUAUCUGUACACAAACUCCCUGUGGAGUGUGAAGUGUUUGGGGUUUUUUUGGUUUUUGUCUUUUUUUGUUUGUUUGUUUU